AGAGGUGACCGGCAAGAUGUCCGCAGGCGGCGGCGGCGGCUUAGAGCUCCUGUAGCGCGGCUCAUCUGUGUGACAGGGGCCGGGCGGAGGCGGCUGAGAGCGGUCGGGGAGGGAACAGGAGGCGGAGGACGGGUGGCCAGGCGCUCCGGGUGCACGGGCCGCUACCGGGAAUGCGCUGCAGCGCCCCGUGCAGCCUGAAAGGCGAGCCCCGCAGGAGCUCUUCAUGCCGCCCACCGGCUUAGAGUCCUCCAGGAUGAACAGGAAGAAAGGAGACAAGGGCUUCGAAAGCCCACGGCCGUACAAAUUAACCCAUCAGGUCGUCUGUAUCAACAACAUAAACUUCCAGCGAAAAUCUGUUGUGGGAUUUGUGGAGCUAACUAUAUUUCCUACAGUUGCCAACUUGAAUAGAAUUAAGUUGAACAGUAAACAGUGUCGAAUAUACCGAGUCCGGAUCAAUGACUUGGAGGCUGCUUUUAUUUAUAAUGACCCAACCUUAGAAGUUUGUCACAGUGAAUCGAAACAGAGAAACCUCAAUUAUUUUUCCAAUGCGUAUGCAGCUGCAGUCAGUGCUGUGGACCCUGAUGCGGGGAAUGGAGAACUCUGCAUUAAGGUUCCCUCAGAGCUCUGGAAACAUGUCGAUGAGUUGAAGGUCCUGAAGAUACAUAUUAAUUUUUCUUUGGAUCAACCAAAAGGAGGUCUUCAUUUUGUGGUACCCAGUGUAGAGGGGAGUAUGGCAGAGAGAGGUGCUCAUGUCUUCUCUUGUGGGUAUCAAAAUUCUACAAGAUUUUGGUUCCCGUGUGUUGAUUCAUACUCUGAGUUGUGUACCUGGAAAUUAGAAUUUACAGUAGAUGCUGCAAUGGUAGCCGUGUCCAAUGGAGAUUUGGUGGAGACAGUGUAUACCCAUGACAUGAGAAAGAAGACCUUCCAUUAUAUGCUUACUAUUCCUACAGCAGCAUCCAAUAUCUCCUUGGCCAUUGGACCAUUUGAAAUACUUGUGGAUCCAUACAUGCAUGAGGUUACCCAUUUUUGUUUGCCUCAACUUCUUCCGUUGCUUAAACAUACUACGUCAUACAUUCACGAAGUUUUUGAAUUUUAUGAAGAAAUUUUGACUUGUCGCUAUCCGUACUCCUGUUUUAAGACGGUCUUCAUUGAUGAGGCUUACGUUGAAGUGGCCGCUUAUGCUUCUAUGAGCAUUUUCAGCACAAACCUUCUGCAUAGCGCCAUGAUUAUAGACGAGACGCCGCUGACCAGACGGUGCUUGGCACAGGCUUUAGCACAGCAGUUCUUUGGAUGUUUCAUAUCCAGGAUGUCUUGGUCUGAUGAAUGGGUGCUGAAGGGAAUUUCAGGCUAUAUUUAUGGACUGUGGAUGAAAAAAACAUUCGGAGUCAAUGAGUACCACCAUUGGAUUAAAGAGGAGCUAGAUAAAAUAGUGGCGUAUGAACUGAAAACUGGGGGAGUUUUGCUUCAUCCCAUAUUUGGUGGUGGAAAAGAAAAGGAUAACCCCGCAUCUCACCUCCACUUUUCCAUAAAGCAUCCACAUACACUGUCCUGGGAGUACUACACUAUGUUCCAGUGUAAAGCUCACCUCGUGAUGAGACUGAUUGAAAACAGAAUCAGCAUGGAAUUUAUGCUGCAAGUUUUCAAUAAACUACUAAGUCUGGCCAGUACUGCUUCAUCUCAGAAGUUCCAGUCACAUAUGUGGAGCCAGAUGCUGGUUUCCACUUACGGGUUUUUGAAGUCCAUUUCCAAUGUCUCUGGCAAAGACAUCCAGCCCUUAAUAAAGCAGUGGGUAGACCAGAGUGGAGUGGUAAAGUUUUACGGAAGUUUUGCGUUUAAUAGAAAACGAAAUGUUUUAGAACUAGAAAUAAAGCAAGAUUACACAUCUCCUGGCACCCAGAAGUACGUGGGACCUCUUAAAGUGACAGUGCAAGAGUUAGAUGGAUCCUUCAACCAUACCUUGCAAAUUGAAGAGAACAGCCUUAAACAUGACAUACCCUGCCACUCCAAAAGCAGAAGGAAUAAGAAGAAAAAAAUCCCACUGAUGAAUGGGGAAGAAGUCGAUAUGGAUCUUUCUGCAAUGGAUGCUGACUCCCCUUUGUUGUGGAUAAGGAUAGACCCAGAUAUGUCCGUCCUGAGGAAGGUGGAGUUUGAGCAGGCUGAUUUUAUGUGGCAGUAUGAGCUCCGCUAUGAAAGAGAUGUUGUAGCUCAGCAGGAAUCCAUCUUGGCCUUGGAAAAAUUCCCCACUCCGGCAUCGCGCCUCGCGCUCACUGAUAUACUAGAGCAAGAGCAGUGUUUCUACCGAGUCAGAAUGUCGGCGUGCUUCUGUCUUGCAAAGAUUGCAAACUCAAUGGUGAGCACAUGGACAGGGCCGCCAGCCAUGAAGUCCCUCUUUACCAGAAUGUUCUGCUGUAAAACCUGUCCCAACAUCGUGAAAACAAACAACUUCAUGAGUUUCCAGAGCUACUUUCUGCAGAAGACUAUGCCGGUUGCAAUGGCUUUGUUAAGAGAUGUACAUAAUCUUUGUCCUAAAGAAGUUUUAACAUUUAUUUUAGACUUAAUCAAGUACAAUGACAACAGAAAAAAUAAGUUUUCAGAUAACUAUUAUCGUGCAGAAAUGAUUGAUGCCCUGGCUAACUCAGUUACACCUGCUGUCAGUGUGAAUAAUGAAGUCAGAACUUUGGAUAACUUAAAUCCUGAUGUGCGACUAAUUCUUGAAGAAAUAACCCGGUUUCUGAAUAUGGAAAAGCUUCUCCCAAGUUACAGACACACCAUCACUGUCAGUUGCUUGAGAGCCAUCCGGGUGCUUCAGAAGAACGGGCACGUGCCGAGUGAUGCAUCUCUCUUCAAAUCCUACGCCGAGUAUGGCCACUUCGUGGACAUCAGGAUAGCAGCUCUGGAAGCCGUUGUUGAUUACACUAAAGUGGACAGGAGUUAUGAAGAACUUCAGUGGCUACUUAAUAUGAUUCAGACUGACCCUGUUCCCUAUGUGAGGCAUAAGAUUCUAAACAUGUUGACUAAAAAUCCACCAUUUACAAAGAACAUGGAAUCCCCUUUAUGCAACGAAGCCCUGGUAGAUCAGCUCUGGAAGCUGAUGAAUUCUGGCACUGCACAUGACUGGAGGUUACGGUGUGGUGCUGUGGACUUGUACUUCACGCUGUUUGGCCUCAGCAGACCUUCUUGCUUACCCUUGCCAGAGCUUGGGCUUGUUCUUAACCUAAAAGAGAAGAAAGCUGUCUUGAAUCCUACCAUUAUUCCAGAAGCUGGAGUAGGCAACCAGGAGUCUGCGAGUAACCCAGGCUGCCACGCUCAGCUAGCUGGAUUCCAGAACCCUUUUUCAAGUUCUCAGGAUGAGGAGGAGGUUGAUAUGGACACUGUUCACGAUAGUCAAGCCUUCAUCUCCCAUCAUCUGAACAUGCUCGAGAGGCCGUCCACUCCAGGGCUCUCUAAGUACCGACCGUCUGGCUCCAGAUCCUCCUUAAUGCCCCAGCAUUCAUUAGGCUGUGACAUCACACCAACCACAAAACCCCAGUGGAGUAUGGAACUGUCCCGAAAGGGAGCAGGUAAAGAGCAGCCUUUGGAGAUGGGUGUGCAUUCCAUGGUGGCAGCCCCGCUCUCCAUGUUUGCUAAGGAGGCUCUGUCAUCGCGACACAGCGAGCACCAUCACCACCAUCACCAUGAGCACAAGAAGAAGAAGAAGAAGCACAAGCACAAACACAAGCACAAGCACAAGCACGACAGCAAGGACAAGGACAGGGAGCCCUUCUCCUUCUCCAGCCCUGCCAGCGGCAGGUCUGUGCGCUCCCCCUCACUCUCAGACUGAAGCCUGGUCCUCUGUGGAGACACAAGCAGGGAGUGUGGAGAGACUGCAGAGGAUGUCCAUUUGUAUGCCUGAGGUUUAAAUAGGAAUGAGUGUAUUGGUUCUGGAUGAAUGUUCCCCCCACCCCAGUCCCCCCCAUUCUUCUGAAAACAGAGGAUGACUUUUAUAAAAGCCUUCCUAUCCACUGCAGGCCCAUUCAGAUGCUGGUCUCCUGUGGACCAACAAAGUCAGGUAUGCUUGAAAGCCUUUGAUGGAUGUCAGAGGCAGAAGGACCUUUUCAGCAGAAACAACUGCCAGAUCCGUGGGACCCAGCAGUUCCAUGCAGUGUUGAAUACCGCCACUUGGAAUUGCUGGAGAGGCUGUUGUGUAGGACUCAAUCCCUCGACUGCUUUUUGUGUUAGCCAUUGAAACUGAACACCGUCAUUUAUGAGCAAAGAGUCUUAUAUUUCUUUUUACCCUAAAGUACAAAAAGUUUUGAAAGAAAUUAUUUUUUAAAAAAUUAAAGUAACUAUCUUUUGAUAGUACAUUUGGUGAUUAUGAUGUUGCAAUGUAGCAGAUCCAACAUUAUUCUCCAAUCAAGAUGUUUAAAUUAUGUUUUGUUUUGUCUUCCAUUAAGUGCAAGUGAAUGUGUUCAUAUGUAAAAUAUCUUUUGCCGAAUGUGGACAGUUUACACACAUAACACAUAUUCUUUCUAAAAUUACUCUGUAUAUAAGCCAGGCAUGGUUGUGCAUGCCUGUAAUUCCAGCAGUUGGGAGGUCGGAGGAUCAUUCAAGGCCAGCCCGAGAUACAUGAGAAUCUAUGUCAAAAAAGCAAACUGACAAACGUUACUCUGUCUAACAAAACAUGAUACUUUGAAAGGGUGUCUUUAUUUGCUGUUUACGAGCUUGGAUAUAGAUCAUUUGGCCCACACUGGAGUAUACCAGCAACAGUUUAAAAUACAUGUGCCAUGCUUUGGUUUCGUAUUUUAAAAGUUUGUAUGGUUUUAUGUUUUGGUUUUGAUUUUAGGUUUUUGGUUUUCUGAAUUUACCAGGUUCUGUGUUAAAAAAUAUUUCAUAUCUAUUCAGUUUUAUUAUUUCUUUUGUUACUAAAUAUUUGACUCAUUUCUUGAUCUCAGAAUAAAUAUUUCAAAGGGGAUCCAAAAAUGCUGGACUUUUAAAUAAACUUUUAGUUAUAUUUAACUUGUUUAAUAAAUAACUUUUUAAGUUGGACA